AUGACGAGGUCUCCUCUCCUGGACUUACAGGAGCAGUUCAGCCCUCCCGAGAUUGCUCCGCCUCUCCUGGUGAAGCUGGUGGAAGCUAUUGAGAAGAAAGUGCAUGGCUUGACCCCACUGUGCCAUCCUGCACAGAGGCCUGGGGAGCUUCAGAUGAAGAGGAUGGCAAUCGAGGCCUUCAAUGAGACGAUCAAGAUCUCUGAGGAGCAGUGUCAGACCCAGGAGAAGUGCAGCAAGGAGUACAUCGAGCGGUUCCGGCACGAGGGCAACGAGAAGGAGGUGCAACGGAUCCUCAUGAACUCGGAGCAGCUCAAGUCUCGCAUCACAGAGAUCCACGACAGCAAGAUGAAGCUGGAGCAGGACCUGAAGAAACAAGCCUCGGAGAACCGGGAGAUCGACAAGCACAUGAACAGCCUCAAGCCAGACCUCAUGCAGCUGCGCAAACUGCGGGACCAGUACUUGGUGUGGCUCACGCAGAAGGGUGCCCGGCAGAAGAAGAUCAACGAGUGGCUGGGCAUCAAGAACGAGACGGAGGACCAGUACUCCAUGAUGGAUGAUGAGGAGGAGCUGCCCCACCACGAGGAGCGAACAUGGUACGUGGGGAAGAUCAACCGUGUGCAGGCAGAGGAGAUGCUGUGUGGCAAGAGGGACAGCACCUUCCUGAUCCGUGAGAGCAGCCAGAAGGGAUGCUACGCCUGCUCCGUGGUGGUGGACGGUGACACCAAGCACUGCGUGAUCUACAAGACAGCGACGGGCUAUGGGUUCGCUGAACCCUACAACCUCUACGCCUCCCUCAAGGACCUGAUCUUGCACUACAAGCACACGUCCCUGGUGCAGCACAAUGACUCCCUGAAUGUCACGCUGGCUCACCCGGUCCUUUCCCAGCCCCCAGCCAGAUGAGCAGCCAUGCACAACACAACAGCUGCCUUCAGCUUCUCCCCAGGGCGCUGCUUUCUGGUUCUGGACUCUUGCACCCUGUAUAGUUGAGUCUCUGUGCUCCUGCUCCUUCAGAGCCUCUGAGAUGUCUGUGACCGUUCCUGGUGUCCCUCUUGGUCAGUAGCUGAAACCCGUGUUGGCUGAUGGGACAGAAAGGCUGAGCUGUUGAUUCCCAGCGGGCUCCAGCCUCUAGGAGGUGGGAUCCAGUUGUGAUUGAGUUGUUGGGGGCGAGCACAGCCCCCUCCCCUUCCCUGAUAAGCAGGUCAGAUCCCCUUCUUGCUGGCAGGUCGCCCCACUAUGCAUCACUGUAGAGCUUGGUUCCCGAUUCCUCGGAGCGCUCCGGCUGGGACUGAGGGGCUCCCUGUCUGGAUGCUGGAGGAGGCAGAGGAGGAGCGUGUGCAUCCUUCAGUCUCGCUUCCCUCGGAGCUCUGGCAGGCUGUGAUGGUGUCUGGUAUGAGGGCUGCUGCUCUUGCGUGCAGAGACUCAUUUAGGAAGGAGAAACCUCCCCCUCCGUGGGGCUCCCCGGCCAAGGUCUCUCCACCUCACAGUCAUUCCCUAGUGUCGUAACCACCUCUGGAGUGUUGCUGCCCAGGCAGGGAGGAUCCAGUUAGCAAGGGAUCUCUUGCCAUAGUUGUGCCAGCGAAGCUGUGAAACCCAUGUUGGUACCCGUGUUUUUCCUGGCAGGAUCUGUGGGGAUGCACAGCUCGUUGUUCCUGGCCGGCUUCAGUGACUCUCUGCACACGUAACCCGUUUGAAGCUGGACUGUAGCACUGUAAAUAUGGUUCUUUUUGUGAGCUUCCCUGGUGCUGGUGUUUGCUGAGCCUGCACUGCCACCCCCAGCGUGGGCAGCAGCUGCCAGGCUGCCCCGGGCCCUGCAGCUCGAGCAGGAGAGGGCUGGAGUCCAACGCACACUACGAGCCCUACACAGAAUGAAGGACCUCUCUGCUGCAGGAGGACAGACCUGCUGGGCCCAGGGCAUGCUGAAAUGUAUCUGCAUGGUGGUGAACUACGUAUGCAAAGCACUUAGAAUCAUGGGUACUGUAUGGGGUCCGGGGCAGGGCUGCCCACCGUGGGCAGGGCGUUGUGUCCGAGUUCAGAGGGCCCGAGGGCAGCCAAGGUGGCUCUGGAAAAGCUUUAAGAGCUGAGCUGAG